AUGGUCAUCCAGAGGGCUAACAAACUUGAGCUAGCCUUCCUUCUAUGCGUCGGAUAUGACACGAGACUUGAUGCUGUUGGGUUGAGGUCGGGCGGUAGGUGUGGGUAUGAGGAAGAUGCCGGUGAAGUAGUGGUACGUGUCAAGGAAUCGGGAAAAGAAGAAGGGAUUUACCGUCUAAUGUUCCGAUCACCAGUUGGAGAGUCCCGAAUAGAUCAAGCCGAAUAUCGCGUAACCAGAGAAGACACAUCUGAGGAGUCUGCAACACGGGUGAUCGGAACAGAAGACUUGAUAACAACAGGGUACAUUUUGAGAUGCGCAGGCGCUGGAGGCGAGAUAACCGGCGCUUGUCCAGGCAGUCAGCAGUCGUAUCGGAGGCAGAAGACAACAGUUGGUGAGGCUCAAGGAAGACUGGAAGGCGAAGAAGGAACGAGUCAGCAACGAUCUUAUGAGUAUCUCUCCACUUUAGCGCUCGUCUAUGACUCUUACUUCCGGAUCUCACGGCAGAGAUGGCAACCUGAAGCUAGCCGGAGGCGAGUGGAACGACGCAGCAAAGAGUCAAACAGACAAGAGAGAGAAAAGGGAAUGAAAUUACUUACGCAGCAGCCAGUGGCGAGAGUGGCGGAACUGGUCUUGAGACUCUUGGGCGGAUGCAGGGACCACGCUUCGUCUUUCACAAAGCGGGCGAAAAAGGGUGAGCGGAGAGGCAACGGGAAGAGCAGAAGAGCCAAACAGACAACUGAACAGGAACCAAGUACAAAAAAGAAAGAAGAUGACAAGUGUGAAGGGGAGGAAGAGAAGAGGGGAGGGAGGAUAUCAGUGAGUGAAGGGCGAGAGAGGGAAGAGAUGGCAAGUAAGAGUCAAGUCAAGUCCAGUCAGUCAAUCAGCCCUGCUGGCAGAGGAGAGGGAGGAGGGCCCGGAGACGGGAGCGGAUGGAGUGGAGGAACGAUGACUCUUCACGCCCGUCCGAGAUAG